UUAACAUUACGGGGUUUUCCUUGCAAGCGUAAAAGCUCGAGUUACUUUAAAGUUUUGGAAAGGCCUAUUAUAUUUAUUUUACAUAUUAUUAUUAGAAAAAAGUCCUUUUGAGAUCUUUGUAAACUCUAACUGCUUCCACGUUUUAUGCCGCCAUACAUUCAUUCUGCAUGAUUUGAACUAAUUUACACCUUUUUGGAAAGUGCUGAUCGAUCGAUUUCCAUUGUCAUUGCGGAGACAGAAGCAUAUACAAAACCCCGAUUCGCCAUACCCUACAAGCUCCCGUUUCAAAUGGUCGGAAAACCGUCCCAUUUCCGCGGACGGUGGCUCGAUCCCAUUACAGACACACACACACCUUUCCCGGUUGUUUUGCACCACCACGGGCAUGGGUCGGUGAGUUUUUUCCCAAUUAGAAAGAAAGUGUGAAAUUACAAUAAAAUUAAUGCACAAAGACAUUUGGUGAGCGGAAACGGGCGAAGAAAAAGGAAUGAGGAACGCACGCGCACGUGCGCGAACGCGGUGGAAAACUGAUCUCUAUAUGCACAGGCGGUUGUGCGUACGGUUUCGGUGUCUGUGUGUGUGUGUGUGUGCGUUAGUGUGUCUGUGUUCCGAUCAACAUUAAUAUUUGUCUUGCUAUCGCUAUUAUUAUUAUUAUUAUUACUAGUGCAGCCACAGCCUUUAUCGUGUAGUUUUCUUGUUGGCUUCGUCGUUUGGUAACCGGGGCCAAACCAAAAUAAAUACCGAUACACCGAGUCCACCGAGGAAAGCAAACUAUACCACAACAACAAAAAAAAGAAACUCAUGCGACGGACAUUUUGGGGGUUUUUAAUGCGUCAUAAUAAUGAUGGUAGAGGUAGAGUAGGCAUUGUUUUGCGCUUUGACACGUCUCGACCCACAUAAAUCAAUCCAAUCCACCUCCACUCCCCCACACCACACGCACGACGACGAAGGCCUACUUUGUCUUUGUUUUUUUGCUGGGCUGGAAUGAGCAAUGAGUGUGCAGGGUGAUUUACUUACGCACACGGGGUACGGUGGAAGGAUAAAAAAUGAACCUCUCUCUACCGUCGUCACCAUCAAGGGUUAAUGAAGAUCAUAACCAACAGCCGUACAACAGUCGCGUGAAAGCGAAGAUGAAGAAAUGCUGUACUGAGUUUCAGCCAAAAACGGUGUACGGUGAUUUAUGUGCUUUCCGGUGCUCGUGUUGCACCCUGGGCACAGGAUACAUAUCUACAGUAAUCUCGUGGAGUCGUCAUCGCUAGGAACAGGAACGACAGUACCAACACUGGACGGUAUCGGAAGUGGUUCGACCCUAGCCUUGGGGACACCAUUCCACUAUCCAUCUGGUCCCCUAUCAGCUCACACGCACCACAGUAGUGGGCCGAGCAGUGGAGUCAACGGUGACCACACUGUAUUCAAUCACUCCACUUCCGCCAGCACGGCAACAGCUGCAAUCGGGGGCAGUACGCUAUCCACCAGUUCGUACCGUGUGGGUGGCAAUUCCUCCAGCGGUUCCAUCGCUUUGCACAACGGGCUUAACUUAAGCUACGGACCACUGUCAAACGGUAGCGCCGGAAGUGCUGGAGCUGGUGCACUUCUGGCAAGUCCUGGAUCACUGACCAGUCGCCUAAACAACAGUGCCGGUAGCAGUAGUAGCGCAAGCAGCAGUGGUGGUAGUGCAACCACCACCAUCACCUCGGGAUCUGGUUCCGGUGGAAGUUCCGCAGGGUCCAGCACCGGUGGGCUGGUGGAUGGAUUGUCCACGCUUGCGACUGGUGGCACCGGCACUAGCAGCAGUGGCAGCACCAACAGCAGCGUAGGCCUGCUGACAACCGGAGGAGGGAAUUCCGCCGAGCUGGGAAUGUCGCACUGGCUUAGUGACGGUACGGUCAAGUCGGAACUGCGCAGCCCCGGACUGGACGCGAAUCUGGCGGCGACGGCCACCAAUCUACCACUCGGUUCCACGACCGCCCACCUUGACGGGACGACCGCCGGUCUGUUCUGUGCUAAUCCCGGCACUACCGCCGCCACGCUGGACGCGCUCCAGAGUCAAACGGCUGCGGCCUCGAACGUGUACGACCACAAGUCGGACUACUACAACUACUACAACAGUAUGCAGCAGUACACACCCGCAUUCUACUCGUCCGCUUACGGUGCGACCGCGUACGGCGCACGAACGGCAUCGACGAAGAUCCCGUCCCCGAACACGUAUCUAGCUUCGCCGUAUGCGGCCGCCGCUGCCGCUAGUAACAACAACUCCGCCCAGCUCUACUCCUCCUACGGGUACAACUCUUCGUUCGGUCAGUUCGGUGCGGGACAGCAGGAUGGGUACAGCUAUUACAACGAUCAGUACAGCCCGUACUAUGCGAACACCGCCAGCUAUUCACCCUACGUCAGUUCACCCGGUUCGAGCGGCAGUCAGGCUGGGUUCCACGUGCCGGCCGGUCUUUCGGCGGACAGUCCGUCCGAGGCGCACGCUACCACACCAAACAUGCUCGCCCAUUCACAUUCGCCACAAUCACCGAUCUCGAUUUCACCUACGGCCGGAAUCGGUGCUGUUCCCGGUGUCGGUGGUUCUGGUAGUAGCAAAACGACACCUACCGGGAAAUCGGGUCGGGCCCGUGGUAGACGUCACGCACAUCCAAGUCCAACGCGCAGCUCUACUAGCGAGCCCGGCAUUAGUGAGAAGGCCCCCGAGCGGAUCUUCGUGUGGGAUCUCGACGAAACGAUCAUCAUCUUCCAUUCGCUGCUAACCGGGUCUUAUGCUGGGCGAUACAAUAAGAACCGCGAUCACCAGGUGCAGCUAGGCUACCGGAUGGAGGAGCUGAUCUUCAACAUGGCCGAUGCGUAUUUCUUCUUCAACGAUCUGGAAGAGUGCGAUCAGAUACAUAUCGACGACGUGGCGUCCGAUGACAACGGGCAGGAUCUCAACAACUACAACUUUGCCGCCGACGGGUUCCACAAUGCCACACCGCAAGCAGGAGCUCCACCUAAUGUUUGUCUACCGAAUGGUGUGCGUGGUGGCGUCGACUGGAUGCGAAAACUCGCAUUUCGCUAUCGGAAAAUCAAGGACACGUACAACACAUACCGGAAUAAUGUUGGUGGUUUGCUAGGACCUCAGAAGCGUGACCACUGGUUGCAGGUACGUUCGGACAUCGAGCUCGAGACGGACAGCUGGCACAGUCUCACGUUGAAGUGUUUGAACAUGAUCGCACAGCGAGAAAACUGUGUCAAUGUGCUCGUUACCACGACGCAGCUUGUACCGGCCCUUGCCAAGAUUUUGCUGUACGGACUCGGGCAGGUAUUCCCGGUAGAGAACGUGUACAGUGCGAACAAAAUCGGCAAGGAACAAUGCUUCGAGCGCAUUGUGACGCGGUUCGGACGAAAAAGCACGUACGUCGUGGUAGGCGAUGGACAGGAUGAGGAGAAUGCGGCCAAAAAUCUUAACUUCCCUUUCUGGCGAAUAUCCAGCCACAGUGACAUCAGAUCAUUGCAUACCGCACUUGAGAUGGGUUUCUUAUGAAAACUUUACCUCCUUCUACACGUGGCCGACUUUACCGAGAUAAUUCUGCCGUAUCAAAACCCCCACUCUUUUGACAGCCAAACACCAAAAAAACCUAAAGACAAGGACGCUGUGCUGUGCGCUGUGUGGAAGUGAAAUAAGCUGCACUUUGAAGGCUUCCGGUUCCUGGAUACUGAUCGCUCAAAGUCGAGGAACAAAAUGUAAUACUGCGCGGGUCGAUGGUGGCAGGGUUCAAAUAGUUACAGGCAGCCAGUAUUUAUUAUUGUUUUAUAGUGCAGAGCUAUGUUAGUCGUAAAUUAUUUUAAUGCGCCCUCCGGUAAUACGUCUCCGUACUCCGAGGAGUGCGCGCGUAACUCGCUCGCGAAUGCAAAUAAAAUGCGCUAAAGCUAAAGUGCAACUAAA